UCUAAGUAAAUUUUAGAACAAGAAGAAUUCUGAAUAAAAUGGAUAGAUUGCCGAAUAUAAUUGAAUUAGAUGACUCUGAUUCAGAAUCACCAGACCAACCUUCAACUUCUCAUGAUAGAGAAGAUCCCACAACAUCUCAAAAUGCUUCUCAAGCACUAAGUUUACCUGGCACAAGUCAAGCUUUAGACCAAAAUCUUGCUCGAGGUCUGGAUUACCUGAUGGAAAAAUCCCGAAAGCAUGGAGCUGUGAUAGCUAACACCGUAGUUUUUAAUCAAAACCAAGGGGAUAAAAUAAAAACAGACUUCUACUUUUCUAAAAGUUCUGACAUCUCAGUCCAAAAGGGUGAUAAAAAGAAAAGACGUGAUGAUUCCUCAUCUGAGGAAGAUACUCCUUCUACAAGUUCAAAUAGAAACAACCCAAUUCCAGGUUCAAUUCGUUUGACUGAUUCACUCUACAUGCUUCAUUACGAGUCCAUUUCCAAGCUUGGAAAUGUUUAUAAGGGUGUGAAGAUUUAUGGAAAGUCUGGUCAAUGUGAUAUUGCUGUGAAAUCCUUGAAGUACAGCGAGGAAAAUGAGAGGGAAGCAAGAAUUCUGGUCAAACUCAGCCCUCACCAGAACGUUGCCAACAUUAUAGAUUCUGGCAUUUAUCACCUUGGCCCAGUCAAGCAUAUUUUCAUUGCCAUGGAACUAUGUGGCCCCGACAAUUUGACUAACUUCAUAAAAGGUUCAAAACGAACCAAAAGAAUCAAGCAGAUACUCAUCCAACAACUUGUAAAUGGCAUUGCCCACAUCCAUAGGAAUAAUGUCAUACAUCGCGAUUUAAAACCAGAUAAUAUCUUGAUAUCAGAAGAUGGAACGCAAUUGAAAGUGAUAGAUUUUGGAUUAAGCAAAGAAAUGAAACCCGGUCAUUCUGUCACCAAAGCGAGCGCUUUGGGCAUUGGUACAGAUGGUUGGAGAGCCCCAGAGACAUACAAUGACAAUGUCAUAUCCAAACAAGCCGACGUAUUCUCACUUGCACUUGUGAUACAUUUCAUUGAGACUGAUGGGAGUCACCCAUUUGGUGAUAACCCUGUUGGAUGGAGUUACCUUAUAAUGCAAAAUCAAGGAUGUGACCUGAGCAAACUUGAAAGUGAGAUGAGGGAUUUAGUCGGCUGGAUGCUUCAUCGAAUUCCAAAAGAGCGACCUACUUUGGAUCAAAUCCGACAGCAUAAAUACUUUGGUGGGGAACUGGUUUGCCCAUUUCCUAACCUAUGCUUCAAGCAACCUCAGACAGUGGAAGAACUGAAACGACAGAAAGAUGAAGCAGAGAAAGAAAAACAAGAAUCAGAAAAAAGCAGACAACAAUUAGAGAUGAUGAUGCGUCAACAAUCACAAGAAAUGGAACAAACAAAGAAAGAAAAUAAGGAAUUGAGACAAAAGAUGAAAGAAAGCCGAAGCCUGGAUGAGCAGCCUGCAACUUCACGUUCUGCAAGACCGAAGCAUCAGCAUAAGCAGGGGAAUUCAUCAUCAGGAGCAAGAUCUAAAACUAAAGAAUCUCAGUCUUCAAGUCAAGCUACUUUAUCUGGUCUAAGAAUCAUCAACCAACAACCACCUGGUGGAGAAAUGUCAGUGGAUUGGUUGAGGGAAUCACUGCCAGGAUAUGGAUGGAACACUUAUGCCAUCACCUACUCAUUCCCUGCUGGAAAUCUGAAUGGUGUUUCAUAUGAGGCAAAGAAGUUCACAGAAUAUUUGCCUUUUGCCCCGUACUUUAAGAAGUUGCUCCAGGAAGCAUUCAAUGCAGGAUUGCUUUUCAAGAUUCAGAUAAUUGGAAGCAGCAGAGGAGAGAUAAUAUGGAAUGAUGAAAUUCCUCAUAAGACUAACAAACUUGGAGGUCCAGAUAACAAUGGAUAUCCUGAUGCUGACCAUGAGAAUAAACUUUGUGAUGCAUUGGAGGCGAAAUUAAAUGCAGCAGGAAUUGAAUACUAACAAUAGAUGAUCAACAAUGGACGUUCAACACUAUCCGGACAAUACUAUAUUAAAACUCAUCCAUUGAUUUUGUAGUGUCAUUAUCAAGCAUUUCAUCAAGCCACUUAUAAAUAUUAUAAAGUUCGGUGAAUGCAAUAUCAGUCAGAAUGACUCGGAUAUCUUUAAAGGACAUUUUAUAUAUCUCAAGGGAAUUUUCAAAAUAAAACAGCAAACGUUAAGGGUACAGUGGUAAAAAAUAAGUUCCUGUCAUUACCGGAACAGACCCUAAAUCGCCUGAACGGGGUGGAAAAUACAUCUAAACCUACCGUAACUACCUGUA